UGGAAUUCAUGUCUUUAAGAUAUUGCAUUUAGCACAGAUCCAUUUGAUAGAUUCAUCACAAAUAACAGGCACCAAUUUAUGCUUUGUCCUAAGCUGAGGGACAGCAUAGCAGAACAGAGAGGGAAUUUGUGCACUGCAGGCUUGGAACCACAGUGAAAUGGAGAAAGUCAGGAGCAGUUCAAAAUCCCUGAAGAUGCAGGAAAUCCAACAACCACUUGGGCAUCAAGUCCAUCGUGCAAGUGGCCAAUCUGUUGCUCCCCACUCUGCCAGACAGGAAUUCCAGGACGGAGGCCGUGACAAUCCCAGUCCAAUUGGGUGUGCCCAGAAUCAAAGAAGGUGGUUAAAGAGAUUCCGGACCAGACAUCUAACAAAGAAAUUCUUCUAUCUGUGGGCAAAAAUGACAUUUGGACAAGUUCUCCCUUCCAAAGCCAGAUCCUUUUAUGAGCAGAAGAUUCUUCAAAAGACUUUUGGCCGGUGGAAGGAGCGGUGGACAGUUUGCAGAGAGAGGCAGCUCAGCCUCAGAGCAGAGAACCACUACAGGCGUUUCCUCUGUAGCUGGAUACUGAAGGCCUGGAGAGCCUCUGUGUGCCAGCAGCGAGGGGAGAGGAACAAACACUGGAUUGCAGAGUCUCACGCAAAGAAGCAAAAGCUGCUCAGGACCUGGCAGUGCUGGCUGGUUUAUGUUGAUGUUCAAAGGACAAAGCGUGGGCUGCAGGCUGUGGCACUGGCAUUCAGGGAAAGAAGCUGUCUGCGGGUUUCGUGGGCGGUGUGGAGAAGACAACACCACCAGAAAUGCACUGGACAUCAAAUGAAUAUCGUGGCUCUGCAGCACUGGGCCCAGAGCCUGCAAUUUCGAGCUUGGUUGCAGUGGCGAGAGCUGUAUUUGUACAGCCGGAACGAGAAGCAGAAGGAGACCAGGGCAGUGACUCACCAUCAGCACUGGGAACUGAGGAGAUGCCUGCGAGCAUGGCUGGGAUACUUAAACCUCCACAGAGUGAAGAAACGUCAGAAUGAGCUGGCCCAGGAGCUUCACCGGAGCCGGACACUCCGGCGCUGUUUCUCCAACUGGCAGAAGUUGUUGGAGUGCAAGAGAAGAAUUUGUGCUCACCAAAGGGACUUGGAAAAACAAGCAGCAAGGAUUGCCUUGUGGAGAGUCUUUGCACGCUGGAAGCAUUAUGUUGUGCUGUGUGUGGAAGAGUCUCAGCAGUGUGAGCUGGCUGAAGAGCACUACAGACAUCACCUGUUGAAACUUGGCUUCAAGGGGCUUUGGCAGAAUGUGGUGAACACUCGUCUUCAGAGAAUGAGGAAAAACCUGGCACACCGUCAGCACCAAGUCACAGUGCUGCAGAAGUUCUGGAACCGCUGGAAGAGCCGUUUGGAAGAGAAGGAGGAGCAGCAGCAUCAGGCCUUAACAUCAGUGGCUUGUGUCCGUUACAGGAGGGCGUUGAUGAGAUGGGCGUUUGACACGUGGCUGCUGAAGGCCUGCAAGCUGCAGGAGGAUCGAAGAGGGGAGGAGAGGGCUAGGUGUCAUUUUGAAAGGCGACUGCUGCUCUGUUUCUGGUGCUCCUGGCGCAGAAGAACAGCGGCACGUUUGGAGGAGCACGAGGCCUUGGCUCGUGCCAGGGAUCACUACAGGAACCUCCUGCAGCUGAAGGCCUUCUGCCUCUGGAAGCAAAGUACUCAGGAGAGAAAAAAAGAGAGGCUCAAGGAGAUGCAAGCCUUAAGAUUUCACUGUUCAAAGUGUCUGCAGAAGACUUGGAACAAGUGGAGGGAGUAUGUGGGACAUCAGCGUGACAAGUGGAGGAAGUUGGUGCGAGCAGAUCUGCACUAUCGACAGACACUGCUGGGCAAGACCUUGGCAGCCUGGAAGAGUUACCAACAAAAUGUCCAGUGUGUCCUGUACCGAGUAGCUGCAAAGGAGGAGGAGCACACCAGGCUGCUGCUGGGGCAGCUGCUGUGUACGUGGAGAGAAAAUGCCCUUGCUCUCAUACAGGAAACCAAGGCAACAGCUCAGGCAGAUGAGCACUGCAGGAGGGCAGUGCUGUCAAAGGUGUUGCUGCACUGGAGACACACGGCCUGGCUGCGAGCGCGUCACCGCCAGGAGAAGGUGACAGCUGUGAGGGAAGCCAGAAAACAUCUGGAUACAGUGCGUUUGCAGACCUUGUUUCUUCACUGGAGGCAGUUAACGAGGGAGUGUCUGAUGCUGAGGGCUCAGCACCUCAGGGCAGUACAGCACCACCAGCAGCACCUGCUCCACAAGUACCUGGGGAAAUGGAAAAAUUAUCAUCAGCAGUGCCUUGAGAAAAUGCUGCUGCAGAGACUGGGAGAUCACCUCAUGACUCGCAGGCUUUGCUCUGCUGCCUUCUCUUGCUGGAAGGCCCGGCUGUUGCAGCAACAGUGGGAGAAGCAGCAGACGGUGCAGGCACUGUGGCACUGGUCCCUGGCGGUGCAGAGGAAGGUAUUUGAUGCUUGGCUCACAUUUGCCAAGGAGCAAAAGGAGAAGAAAGUUGGCAUUGAAAAAGGCACAGGAGUUCACCACAGGGCUUCUCUGAGAGAAGGGGGAACCUGGGCCUUGAGAAACACUGGUGGCUUGAAACAGUUGCAGGAUCAGCUCCAUGCCCAGCACCAGCUGCAGAAGCAGGUGACAUCUAGGAGGCCUGAUGUUAGCCCUGAGACAAGAGGACAUGCAGCAGAGGAAGAGCCACGGCCUUCAAAAUGCAGACAUCUACCACUGCACCCUGCUGACGGGGGCUCAGUUGGCAGUGAUCUAAAUGCUAUUCAACGAGCCAGCUUACCACCACGGAGGCCUGACUUCCUUCUGGAGUCUCUAGAAAGCCAGGAACUGCUGGAACCUCCUUUUGCUAGGUCAGAGGUGUCCUUUCAGCAAACACCUGUGAAUAAAUGUUCUGCCCAGACUGGGACCUUACUGCAGACACCUCACCUGGAGGGCAGCACCUGUAAAUGUUUGUCUCAGAUGGGCAGUGCUGCUCAUUCCCGUCCUGCUCUCCCACGUGCUGCUCUCCCCUCUCUCCCACUGUGGGCUCCAGGUGUGCCCCGUGCUGGGCAGGGCCCAGAGCUCUGCUCUCCUGCCUCUUUCAUGCCCCAAAUGACAGCUGGAUCAGAGCAGAGAGGAGGUCAGCCAGUGAGUCAUCACCAAGGAGCCCAUUCCCAAGGCUCCCAACAGAACUCUGCAGAGAUGAAGUUUCAACCAAAUUUGCAGCCACAUCUGCUGUCACCUGAAGACUUGAUGGGACAGUGGAGUCACCAAACUGCAGCUGAAGGGGAGGAGAGGGAGCACAGUUCCAGAGAAGAAAUGGAGUUGCAGAGAAAGGUGGAGGUUGAACUCCGACACAUCCAGCAGCAGAUGCAGUACUACUACAGCAGGAAGCUGGAGCUCAUGUCCUGUCAGCAGCAGGCAGAGAUUCUGCAGCAGUGGCUGGAACUGAGCCCAGGACCAGGAGCCCCAGCUGGUGUGCGAGUUCAGGAAGAGCUGGCUCAGCUGCAGGUGAGGAUCAGCUCUCUGAGCCAAGCACAGCAGACAGACAGACAGCACGUGCAGAGCCUGCUCGCCCGCCUGCGUGAGAUCCAGCUGGCCCUGCAUCUGUAAAGCCUCUCAACCAACCUGCCAGCUCAGGGCCAGCUGCUGCUACAGCCCCGCUCACCUGGUCGAAGUAGAUGCGGAUGGAGCCCACGUUCGUGGCCCCCACCGCUGUCAGGGAGAAGAAGCCGUGCUUCCAGUCCCCCGUGAG